AUGAUUGAUCAUAGGCAUAUCUUAAUUGGUUUCGAUUUAGAAGAAGACUUCCAGCGAUGUUGGAUGAAAGAAUUCUGGUCUUUCGAUUCUCAUAUGAUGCGGGUCCUAAAAUGGACACAAGAUUUCAAUCCGGAGCAAGAAUCAUCAAUUGUGCCUGUAUGGAUCGCAUUUGAAGGGUUACCAGUGCACAGAUUCAAUGAAGAAUACCUGCGAAAAAUUUCCUGCAUUGUUGGGAAACCCUUGAAGAUUGAUAUGCCUACCCUUAAUUUAUCUAGACCGUCGAUAGCACGUGUUUGUGUGGAAGUUGAUCUUUUGCAAGAAUUGCCGAAGCGCAUCCGUUUGGGUACUGAAGGGAGUUCAUACUUUCAAAUAAUUACAUAUGAGAAUUUGCUGGAAUAUUACGUUGAAUGUAGAAAGAUUGGUCAUUCGAUAAAGGCUUGUCGUCAUAGCAAAGAUUUCACGAAGGCAGAUGCUAUACCAAAGUCCAAUCCAAAACCAAAUGAAGCUCAAAAUCAGGAAACAAUAUCAAAGAAAUCAGAAAUCAAAGCGUCAGCAAAGCCAUUUGGGCAUCUAUUAGUUGGAAGUUGGAAACAGAAGGAAGAUGCAACCAAAAACUCAGAGAAGAUAACACAGAUCGGAAAUGACCCAUCAUCUUCGGGCCUGACUUUAAAAGAAAAACAAACACUACAAAUUGAUGUGGAAGCUCUCAGUCCAAAAUUUCAUAAUCCAAGCUCUACAAACAGAAAGAUCUCUAAGGAACAUCUUAGUGAAAUUUUAGAAAAGAGUUCUGAAAAGCAACAUCCAAUGGAAUCAUGGGGAACUGAGGAAGUUGUUCAGGUCGAAACUCAGGAAGAAAUUCCAAAACAGAACGAAAUGAUAGGGAAUGAUGAUUCAAUUCAUGAUCUUGAGGUGGAAAAGGAUAAUAGGAACGAUGAAGAUGAUGACGAUGAAGGGCUUCUGUCUGAAAAUCCGGGGAAAAUUUCUGAAGUAGGAACUCUUUUAGAUCAAUUUAGUGAUGAUGUCUCUGUUGGAGCUCAAUUCGAAUGA